UAGCGUUAAUCCAAUAAUAUUUGAUGGCAACAAGCCUAAGAUUCCAGUUGAAUUAUUUGUAAUGAGUCGUUGUCCUGACGCUGUUAUGUGUGAAUCCGUGCUCAGUGACGUUUUAAAGCAAGUGAAUGAAAUUUCCAAUUUUACCACAAAUUACAUUGCAACGCCUGACGAUUCCGCACCGUAUGGAGCAUAUUGUAAACAUGCAAAUAUCGAGUGUGUCGGAAAUAUCCAAGAACUUUGUUUCCGCCACGUUUAUCCGGAUCAAUUAAAUUUUUUCUCAUUCCUCCGUUGCCUCAACCGUGACGUAGUCCGGAUUGGUACGAAAGAUUGGGCGAAGAAAUGUUCUCAAGAAGUAGGGAUGGAUUAUGAACCUGUAGAUCAAUGUGCCCACUCUGAAUUAGGCAAAAAAUUAUUCAUAGAUAGUGUUCAUGUGACUGAAGAACGCGGGGUCACCAGAAGUUGUACAAUCUAUAUUAAUGGAAAGUUGAGAUGCAUAAGGGAUGGGAAUUGGCGCAGUUGUGCAGAUGGCCAUACAGUGGAUGAUUUCGUACGCACUAUCGUGGAUGCCUAUAAUGAUCAAGAA